AUGAAAUAUUUGUUAUCGGAAAUAAGGCCCCCCAACUGCAUCAAUCGUUCUAUAUUCGCUAAUAUAUUUACCAGUCAAAAGGCAUCGCUAGUUGUGAACAAGGUGAAUAAAUUGGAGUUUUAUGUUGUGCAUACCGAAUCAGACGAACCAUAUAUAGAAUUAAAGGAUGCAUUAUCUAUAGACGAGACUAUAUUGGCAAUAGUUCCAUUCCAACCACGUCAAUUGGACAAUGAAUGGCUUAUGGUUCUCAAUGAGUCAAACGAACUAUUCUAUAUCGGAUAUAAUCAAGAGACGGAGAAUUUUGUUCGUAUUAAUGGUACAAUUCUUAAUGGAAAUGGUCAACAGCAAUUACUUGAUGUAGAUCCCAUUUUGUUGUCCAAUUUUAAUGAGGAAUCAGGCUAUUUCAUAGUGCAUUGUUUUCAAGGAAUGAUACAGGUAAUGGUGCUGAAUAAGGAUACUAAAUUUGACACGCUACUAAUAGAAACAACAAAUAAGCGAUCUAAGAAGAAUAAUUUACACAAUGAAAUAUGGAACACAAAUACUACAGCUAUUGGGAACAUCGUAAUUCAUCAAAUGGUGAUUUUGGAGAACACAGAUAAAUUUCAAGACACGCUAGCUAUACUUUACCGGGAUUUUCAGUACAAUUACUCUCUAAGAUACUAUCGCAUAUCUCCAGAAGAAGGCAAGCUUCUGCUUCAUACCCAAUUUGAAGAAUUUGACGAGCCACCAUCGUGUAUUAUAGCGCUUAAAACGGGUGGAAUUUUAGUUUUAACUUCGCUUCAUAUUUUUUAUUUCGCUAACCCAAUGGUAAACUUACAGCUUACAGGAGAAAGUGACAGCAUUUUUGUUUCACGUAAUGGAGAACAACAAUUGAUAGUUAAGAAAAUAGACUCCACAAAUUAUCCAGAAUUAAUCACAAGUAGCUUUACCAAUUACACUAUUAUAGAUGACAACAGGAUUUUGGCCGUAACUAAUACAGGAAUGUCGUACAUUAUAUAUUUCAGUUCCAAAUAUAAGGGAAGAAAAUUAGAAGUUAUUAGUACCAUCAAUCUUAUUAAGCUAGGUAUGACUACUGUUGCGAGUGAUGUUCAUCACAUUGAUAAGAACAUCUUUUUUGCAUCGUCUAAGUUAUCGCAAUCUAUAUUAUUCGAGAUACUCCAACAAAAACCGUUUAUUAAUAUUUGUCAAUUUAUCCCAUCGUCUCCACCCUUAUUAAAUAUCGAUCCUAGAUUUGCUGGUAUGCAGUGUAGUCUUUUGACCUGUGGUGGUGGUUAUGACAGCGGUGAACUUAGAAAAGUUCAUAAUAAAAUCUUCGACUUAAGUCUAAUCAAGCAGUUUGGAACAAAUUUAGACACCAGCCAAAUAUUGUUGCUUAAAAUGAAUAAUAAAACUUACAAUAUUGCCACUAAGGAUAUGAAUGGGAAAAUUAAUGGGGAAUAUCUACUUGAAGAAGAGGGACCUAAGUCAUGUUUCAAGGAGAUUGAUAUUCACUGUCACGUUCAACAUGAGCUAGUAUUGGACCAACGCAUAGUAGACGAUAACAGAAUAUCUGUAACUGAGCAAGGAUGCUACAUAAAUGAUCAGAAGGUGUCAAACGAGAAAACUUUUUAUGGCAAAAUUUUGGAAAAUGGCAUCUUCCUACAACUCACUUCCCAAAACAGAAUUAUCAUACAAAAAGGUGCAAAUUUUAUUAAAACGGUCAACUUAAAGGCCGAAUUUAAGCAAGUAACUGAAAUUGACAUGGUUCAAAGUUCCGAGAACAAAUUCUUUUUGUUGGUAGCAUUUGAUGAUGGAUCCUAUGAACUACAUAUAAUCUCAAAGGAGUCGCCUUAUUCCAAAAUCCUUCUUCAGGAGGUCGUGUUUGAUUCUAACGAUGGGAUUUCUUCGUGUGCUAUUUUAUUUGAUGACACAUCUUCAUCUGCAUGGCUUCUUUUCCUGUCUGGAAGUGGAUCAAUUGGCCAAGUAUAUUUUGAUUUGAAUGACGGAGUCAAGAACAAACAAGCAAUUGUUUCACAACAUGCAUCUGGGUUGCCUUGUAGAUUUUUUAAGGAUAAAAACAGAAGAAUUUUCAUGGCCGAUAGAAAUCAGAUAUUUGGCUUGUUCAUUGAUGAAACAAACUUAUACAAAGCUGCAUCGAUUAUAGAAAUUAACAACAUUAAUGAUGUAAUUUUUUUAAAUGAAGAAAAAAUACUUGUGUCUACCGACGUGAAUAAACUAUCGUUAUAUUCCUUGAAAACGAAUUCGGUCGCAAACGCAAAUGAUAAUAUCAUAUAUUCCAAUAUGUUGAAUACCAAAUCAUUGCAUAUUCCUCAUACAAAUUUGUCUAUUGCAAUUUGCUUUGAAAAUAAAAUAAACCCCACCAAUGAUGAAUAUCAAAAAUACUCUUAUUUGAAGCUAAUUGAUAAUUCCUCAAUGAACGUUGUUGACUUUUUCGAAUUUGCAAAUAAUUCUUCCUGGGAUUUAGUUGACAUGUGCAUCAUUCCAAAUGGUUUAGAGCAAACUCUUCCACGAUAUUCAUUUGCUAUAUUGAGUAAUAGCUCCAAUAAAAAUGAAAUACUUCUGAUAUUUCAUAUUAAAAAAAAUAAAAUAAAGAGGCUUCCACUGAUAGAUAUUCUUGGUCUAUCAGAUAGUUCUGAAUUAACAUUACAAACAGUAGGUCUCGUUCAUUCCGAAAAACCUAAAUUGAUCGUUGGAGGCAAUAUUACCUUUAUUGUCGAAUUAGUAUACGAUCCAGAUAGAAAUAAUUUUAUCUGGCAGUUGCUUCCGGGUACAACUGUUCAAUUACCUAUUCAUACGCUUGGCGCUAUUUCAAUCGAUAAAUAUAUUAUAAUGGGUGAUAUAAUGAAAGGUUUGUAUAUUGGAGAACUCCAUGACCCUGCUGACUUUGAUGAUAAUGCGACCGAAACUUUCUCUAAGCUUUCUAUGCUGAAAUUAAGAUGCAACCUUGAUCCAUAUUUCUUGACCACCUUUGAUGCAGUUAAAAGCACUGAAGAUCAAAUGGAAAUUAUUUUUGGUGAUUCCUUGGGCAAUUUGUCAUCUCUUGAAAUAGAUUCCGAUAACAAGGAUGUGAAACAAGCGUUUGCAUUCAACAUAGGAGAACAGAUUAAUAUCAUUAAGGCCAUUGAUCAUUCUCUGCAAAUCCAAGAUUUUGCACUUAAAUUCGAUAAAGCCAAUAAAAUAAAAUCACUUUUGCAUAUAAUUGCUGUACUUGGUACGGUCAAUGGUGGUUUAUAUUGCAUAAGUAAACUUGAAGAAGAACCAACAGAAAAGAUUGAAAAAAUCUUAGAAAGAUGCCAGAUGGAAUUAGUAUCGUACCUGAAAACCCUUAGUUUGACAAGUAAUACGACAAAAUCAAUUACCUAUAGUAAUUGGCUCUCGGUGAAAGACUGGAAAACAUUGUCUAAGAAUGAAUCUGGAAACUAUAUAAAAAAGGAGACCUUCGGUAUGUUUGAUUUGGCAUUAAUAAGAAAAUGGCUUUACCGUGACUAUCAGCUUAACAAGUCUUGUCAACGGAACAAAUCAGACGAGAAUGUGUUGGACAAUAUGAGGGCAAAUCUCAAAGUAUGUUAUAGGAACAAAAGCCUCCUACAAAGGUUGGUUUACGAAAGUAGUUUAUUAUAA